AUGGCGCGAGGAAGGAUCCUGGUCUGCAUAUAGGAGACGCCGGUAACAAUGGAUGCCUAUACAAACGGACGUCGAGUUUCAUACAUCCAAUGUAUUUUGUUUGUCACGAUCAAGAGAAUAAGAAGAGAAAAAGGGCAAAUAUGCGAUUUGGGUGUCCUGAAAGGCCUUCAAGCACGCAAUUCUAUCGAUCUUCGUACGUAUCCUCGAUUGUACGAGCGUCAUCUUGUCAUUACUUGAAUGGAGUUGUGCUGUCAGCAAAGUGCAAACCGGCUCAU